AUGAUUCGUGUAUCAUCUGUCCUUCUAGUCAUCGCUUGCGUGGUCACCACACAAGAACAGAGUAUACCAAACUCCCCUUGCCCCAAUGUCUUUCAAUACGAACAGACUGGCUUCGAACCUGGCCAGUGGUACGGUGUCGUCAACUUGUCCACAGACAGCACGUUGCAUUCGCUUUGGUUGAAUAUCGUGCUCGACAGCAAAGCGAAUAUUUUGGGGAAUUGGGUCGGCGAUGUAACCACUAACGACAACAUUGACUUUAAAAUCGAGAACACCAACAUGAAGAUCCACCCCGGUCCAGCCGUGGCCGUCCGCUUCUUCGUCAGAUACGACAAACUGAACAAAGCCCCAAGACUCCAAGCUAUACGGCUCAAUGGUAGAGAGAUAUGCAACGCGAAUAACCGGCUCCCUGCGGUCGACAGACCAGAUUUGGUUGGGCAAAACACCAGACCCGUUGACCGGCCGAGUGGAGAAUCUAGACCAGUCGACAGACCCGCUGAGAGACCAGUCGAAAGACCGCAGAAGCCUGUGGAUGCCAGACCGGAUUCGAACAGCCGUCCUGUAAUAAGACCCGAAGACAAGCCCGUCACUAGACCAGUCUAUGGUAGACCGUCGGGUGAUGGACCGGUUUAUGUCCCAACCCAAAUCGACCAGAGCAAUGUCAAUCCUUACAGUAUCGGUGGUGGUUCGCCAUCUCAGAGCGUGACGGAGGGUCGACCUUACCAGAUCACGACAACCCGUCGUACUAGCAUCAGAGAUGAUGAUGACGAUGAUGACAGCAGGCCAGAUCCAAGUGACUACUUUGAGGGCGGUAUACCAACUCCUGUAGCAAGCAAGGGAAGCAGCAAUAGUAACAAUUCUGACAACAGGCGUGUGUCUCGGGACCAAUGUGGUAAGGUGGUCCGAAACUCACCCAAUCCCUUAGUGGUGAAUGGAAAACCGACCCUCGAGGGACAGUGGCCGUGGCAAAUUGCACUUUAUCAGACACAGACAGUGGACAAUAAGUACAUCUGUGGUGGGACCUUGGUUACCCACAAGCACGUGAUCACAGCAGCACACUGCGUGACUCGCAAGGAGUCAGUUCGAGUUGUUAAUAAGAACACCCUCACUGUCUAUUUGGGUAAACACAACUUACGCACCUCAGUUGAGGGCGUUCAGAUCAGUUUUGUCAGUCAUAUAACCGUCCAUCCAAGCUAUAACGCAACAACGUUUAGCCGAGACUUGGGUGUCCUUAGGCUGAGAGACCCAGUCCAGUACACAGACUUCGUGAGACCAGCAUGUCUAUGGCCGGACAACAUGGUGGACCUGGAUAAUGUUAUUGGGAAGAUUGGUUCAGUGGUAGGGUGGGGUUUCGACGACACGGGAGUCGCGACAGAGGAAUUGACGCUCGUAGAGAUGCCAGUAGUGGACCAUUUGACCUGCAUUCGGUCGUACAGCGAGUUCUUCUCGAGAUUUACCUCAGAUGACACUUACUGUGCGGGCUUUAGAGAUGGAACAUCUGUAUGCAACGGAGACAGCGGUGGUGGCAUGGUCUUCAAAAUGCAAGGAACGUGGUACCUUCGAGGGCUCGUGUCUCUCUCGGUGGCUAAGCACAACGAGUACAGAUGCGAUACCAGCCACUACGUCAUAUUUACAGACCUUGCCAAAUUCCUACCUUGGAUUAAGGACCAAAUAAGCGAUUAUUAG